GCGUGGUCAACCACGGUGUACAGCUUUCAUCGUCACUUGCCUUGCGCAGCGAAACGUCAAAUUGCUAUAGUCAUCACUAGCUGCAAGGACCAUGGAACGCAACACCGUAGCCGGUAUCGCUUCAGGAACAGCGUGUUUGGACUUGCUCGGUAUCUUUUGCAUCGCCAAACGUGGCUUCAGAUUGCAACCUGGUAGCACUAACUAUCUUUUCGAUCUUUUACACCUUAUCAUAAACCUCGUGAAUGUGUUCUUGGCUAUAAACGCCGGCGAUGCCUUAUACUGCACCAAGGAUAACCCUACGAUCGGUCCAAAGGGCACCACCGAGGACAUAAGGUUCGCCCUCAGGAAUCUGAAGGUAUACAUCGUAGGGAUGACGCUGACUACAGUUUUCCAAGCUGCGACGACCUACGUCUACGUCCCGUAUUAUAGCGAAGAACCUGGCGUAAGGAAUUUUCAUUUCAAUUUUUUUUUCUUGCGCUUUAAGAGCAGCAGUAAGCACGUUUCUCCUUGGAUUCGGCGUUUCUGCAAUCUUUACUGAGACGUCGCCGCUUAUAUUUUGAAUUUCUGCUUCCGAUUUUUCGUCACAAAAUAGCGAUGUUACCAUCGGUUGACCGUUGUUUUUAAUCGCUGUAUAAUCUUCUCUUCCAGUUUUUAUUUCCAUCGAAAUCAGUGGUGUCUGGAUACACAAACGCGGUGGACAAGAAGGUUUAUCAGAUCACAGUCAGCUACGCAGUUCUUGGAAUGUACUUCGGAUGGCGCGUGGUAACCAUUCUGGCCAUGUAUUCUCAUUAUUAUCUUUCGAAGAAAACUGGCGUUCUGGGAGGCCCACUCGUCGCCAGCGAAAGCGGUAGCGUUCUGGCCGUUGGCGUUGGCGUCCGCUUCGAAAACCAGGCAGGAGGCGACGCUGCGACACCAGAUGGAGAGGUGAUAAUGCUGCCCCAAUCACUACAGCGUGUGACCCAAGCAUAUCCGGGGUACUGGGUACCUGUCGCUCAAGGUCCAAACCAGGACAUCGCACAAGGUGCAUUUUGAGGUGCUAACAAACUGCCCAACGAUCUGAAGCGUGAGCAGCUGCACGUCUGAUGAAGAGCAUAUCAUACGUGAUCGAAAAAUAGCGUUUUCAUAUUGUUUAUCUUA